CCUGUCCCAGCCGCUCCUCCGACCGCGCGCGGAGCUGGGACGCGAGCCAUGGAGGAGACACCGCCCCCGCUGCUGGGCAGCAACAAGCCGCACCUGGAGAAGCUGACCUUGGGGGUCACCCGCAUCCUCGAAUCAUCCCCAGGUGUGACAGAGGUGACCAUCAUAGAAAAGGCACCUGCUGAACGUCAUAUGAUUUCUUCAUGGGAACAAAAAAAUAACUGUGUGCUGCCUGAGGAUCUGAAGAACUUUUACCUGAUGACCAAUGGCUUCCACAUGACAUGGAAUGUGAAGCUGGAUGAACAUACCAUUCCAUUGGGCAGCAUGGCAAUUAACAGCAUCUCAAAACUGACUCAACUCAACCAGUCUUCCCUGUACUCACUUCCUAACGCACCAACUCUUGCAGACCUGGAGGACGAUACACAAGAAGCUAGUGAGAACCAGCCAGAGAAGCCUCACUUUGAUUCUCGCAGUGUAAUAUUUGAGCUGGAUCCUUGCAACGGGAAUGGGAAGGUUUGCCUUGUCUACAAAAGAGGGAAACCAGCAUUAGCACAAGACACUGAGAUCUGGUUCCUGGACAGAGCAUUAUACUGGCAUUUUCUCACAGAUACCUUUACUGCCUAUUAUCGCCUGCUUAUCACCCACCUGGGCCUGCCCCAGUGGCAGUAUGCUUUCACCAGCUAUGGCAUUAGCCCACAGGCCAAGCAAUGGUUCAACAUGUAUAAACCCAUCACCUACAACACAAACCUACUCACGGAAGAGACCGACUCCUUUGUGAACAAGCUGGAUCCCAGCAAAGUGUUCAAGAGCAAGAACAAGACCUUAAUCCCCAAAAAGAAAGGGUCUGUUCAGCCUGCAGGUGGCCAGAAAGGGCCCGCAGGUCCUCCUUCCACCUCUAGAUCCUCCUCUGGCUCUGGAAACCCUGUCCGAAAAUGAGCGCCCCACCUCCAGCUCCCUACCAGCCCCACAGUGACGAUUUCCAUGCACAGAUGCCCCAGGCGUGGCCCAAGCCUCAGAUUCUGUGUGUGGAACCAUAGUCCUCUCCCCAUCUGAGUGACAAAAUCCUAGGCCUUUUACUGCCAUUGGCUUGAGCCAGGAGUUGGAAGGGCAUACUCAGGUCUCCCCAAGAAUCCUUCCCUCAUACCCCUUACAGCAGGUUGUGCCACCUACUGAUUCUGGAAGCUGUGGCGAAUGUAAGGUGUUGUGUAAGUGACUAAGUAGAUCUCUUAAGAGCUUUCUUCUCUUUCUACUCCAACCCCCUACCCCUCAACAGUAAUUAGAGAAGUCCCCCAUAGAAACCACUGGUUUUGACCU